CAGAUUUAUUGUGGCAACGGAACAUAGCAACGCAAAGCGUCCAUGACGACGACAGUGAAAGAUGUAUAGGAAUGCGACAGUGUUUAAAGACUUUUCACACGUCAGAUAGUUCAGAAUUGAAACAUCGCGCUAUCCUGUUCAACAUGGGGUGUGGGAGCUCCAAAAUCACGGUGGUGGAACCCGUAAAACCUUGCAGCGGAAAUGAGAUAAAUACUCUUGAGUUUGCAGUUGGCUCCCGCGGGGACUCCGCCGUGUCCAAAAUGACCACAGACAGUGGGGUCGGCCUGGAUACAGCGGAUCCAACACAUCUGCCCGGAUCUGUACCUAGACUGCUGCCACCACUACGAGCCCAAAGUCCUGGAUUAGCCCAGCAGAGACAAGAGAGACCCGAGUCCAGCGCCAUACUGGAGCAGCUGCUUUAUCAGGGAAUCAUUCCAGCUCAACCGAGACAGGGCACCAGUGGAGAGGCUUACAAUAUCCUAAUGGAUGAUGGUGAAAAGCCAAGAAGCAGACCACCUGCUCGACUAGAGUCCCUUAAGAUCCGAAAAGAACAAGAAGUGACACGAAAAGAAGACAUUGAAAUGAAGAUGAGCCAGGUUGAGAAAAGAAAAAAGGAAAGAGAGGAAGACCUAAAACUCAGGUUGAGGUCAAAAUCAGCACGGCCUCGUGUUUCUGCCCCAGUGAACGCAGAGGAACAUAACCCCUUAGAACCGCUCUACUCUGAGCAACUUCCUGUUCCAACCAAAACCAAAGAGCUACAGACACCAAUGGAUGGAGACUCUGAGGACCAAAGACUUGCCGAUUCCCCAGAAGUGGAAAAUGACUCCACUUUUCAAACAGUUGCAAGCACUGAUGACUUUGGCUUCUAGGGCCUCUGUUCUUGAGAGAUUAAUCUAGGGUGUUACCACACUCUUUUAGGGUUGCACAUGCACUUUACAUGUCAUUUAUAAUCUUGAUUGUUUUAGUACAGGGUGUAUAGGUUAGACGCAGUGGCGGCCGGUGACUUCUUUUUUCCUGGGCGCUCGAUACGAAGUUCGUCAUAACAUGUAUGUAGCCCGUCAUGUGUGGUUCCUAUUUUCAAAAUAUGUGUUUGCCGUGUCGAGUGAACCUAUGUGCAUCACGUGUCUUGUCAAAAUAAGUGCCUGCUGCAGAUACGUCUAAAGGGUUUAUGAUAAAAGAGACGCUCGUGUUUGCCAGAUACUCGCAUAAUCUCAUGCGUAAUCAGUGUUUACUGUUAAGGGAGUGUCUUGCAUGUAUUUUGUGAACGUGAGCGUUUUUUUAUCAUAAAUGGUUUUGACGCGUGUGCAGCAGGCACUUAUUUUGACAAAACACGUGAUGCACAUGGUUUACAUGACGCAACAAACACAUAUUUUGAAUUAGUGCCCCUCUUUGAGCAGUCACGAGCCGCCACUGGUCAGACUCCUGACCUCAGUUUUAACAUGAAUAUAUGAGGAGCACAGAUGCAAAAGCCACUUUUGAUGCCACACUGUAAAAAAAAUUCUGUUAUGCAGCUGCUUGCCAGUAACUUACUGUAGAUUCAAAUUUGUGUUAUUUAUAGCAACAGUUUAAAGUUAAAUGAAGAUUAAACAUUAACAAGUCUUUGUCUUUACAGAAUAAAACUAUAAAAUAACAGCCUCAUGCAAAGCAUUUUGGGAACCAGAAAUUCUCAUCAACCUUUUUCAGUUUUUUUCCUUUAACUUUUGGUUCCCAAAUGCUUUGCUUGAGGCUGUUUUUUAGUUUUACUUUAAGACUUGUUAAUGUUUAAUGACUGGUGCCAGUAAAUAAAAUACAUUUAAAUCUACAGUAAGUUACUGGCAAACAGCUGCCAGUAAUACAGUAAUUGCUACAGAUUUUUUUUUAAUGCAUCUCCAGCAAAAAUGAGAUAAUUAUAUUAACCGAACGCUCUCUCGGCACAUAUUAUACGUUUAUUAAAUACUUUUACUUCAAAUACACAUAAUCCCAGCCUAAGGCCAUUCAGAAAUUCCCCUUUUGUUGGCAGAAUCCAUUAAAGGUGCAGUAUGUCAUUUUUAGAAGGAUCCUUUGACAGAAAUGCAAAAUAAUAUACAAAACUAUAUUAUCAGGGGUGUAUAAAGACCUUUCAUAAUGAACCGUUAUGUGUUUAUUACCUUAGAACGAGACCUUUUUAUCUACAUACACCGAGGGUCCCCUUACAUGGAAGUCGCCAUUUUGUGCUGCCAUUUUUCUACAGAAGCCCUUAACGGACAAUUUUUUUACUAAGUUGUCUCCGACGAUGACAUGUUUGUCCGGUGGCGGCUACUGUAGCUUCUCGAUGUGUUUCAAAAGCAAGGGGUGAGCCGUGGACUAAGCCAUUGGUUGCAAUUCGCAACCUCACCACUAGAUGCCGCUAAAAUGUACACACUGCACCUUUAAGAGUCUGAUAAAAAAAUGCUAAUUUACAAGAAAACAUGUCAGACGCACUUAUAAGGUUUUGCAUGUGAGCUCUUCAUAUGAAUGAAAUGAAAUCAAUGUGAAAUGAAAAUCAUGUGCCUGAUUAGUUUAAGUAGUGAUGAUGGAGUUCUUAUCAAGAAAGCAGUGAAAUGAAUGAGAAAGUGAAAUAUUGUGUAUGGCCAAUGCGUUUGCUGACAAAGACAGAAUUUCACAACUAUUUCUUUAUACUGACUUUUUUGUUUUGUGGGGCAAACAUUAUUCUUGUAUAAUCAAUCUCUGUCUUAAAUAAGAUAAGGGUAUAUCAGUAUAUAUGCUGUCAAUUCUUUUGACAUCUAUGUGUAAAUGUUUUAUAUGCACUCAAUCAAUAUUUUCUUAAAAAUGAUUUAUAUGCUUGUCACAGAAGUCCACAUGGUGGCGCCAGUUGCUUUACUUUUAUAUGGCAAGAAGGCUAAAACCUGGGAAUUGGCUUCUGUUUUGGAAAUCUGAGAUGGAUCUGUUACAUUCCAUGUUAGUAUUCUUCUGUAAUUAUGGUGGUGUAACUGGGCCUAUUGCAAUUUUCUAAUUAUUAAAAACUAGGCAUCAAAAUGUGUUGUCAUCUGUAGUUUGAGUAUAGUGUGUGUGUUUUGUGUCUGCGGUUACAGCUGCCAGUGAUUUGUCUGUUUGACUGCACCGACAUCUGACAGGUCCCACCUGUUAUGUUAUAUUUGAAAAUGUCCCCUCUUUCUCUCUCUUACCAUACAAAUUAGCUUGUGGCUGACAGCAUUUCUAUGACAUUUU